CGCGACGCUCGACGCGAACGAUGCGCGCGGUGAUGAGCGCGAGAGCGAUCGGCGCGCGCGUCGACGCGCGCGCGCGCGACGGCGCGACGAAGGGACGACGCGCGCGAACGACGACGACGACGACGGGACGACGCGCGCGAACGACGACGACGGCGACGACGAUGGCGCUGCCGACGACGCGCGGAGACGCGCACGCGCGCGCGUGCGCGUGUGCGACGUGCGCGAGCGCGCGAGGCGCGGCGGGCGCGACGCGAGCGCGACGGCGAGAGGCGGUGGUCGCGGGCGCGGCGCGCGCGGCGAACGCGAGCGCGGCGGCGACGCCGUUCGUGUGGAAGGGAGCGAAUUUGGUCCCGCUCGCCGCGUCCGUGGGCGUGGGGUUGGUGGUGAACUUUAUUGUGCCGCGACCGGAGGCGGUCGUGCCGCAGGCGUGGGCGCUGUUGAGCAUUUUUUUGUCGACGAUUUGCGGGCUCGUGUUGGGGCCGUUGCCGGUGGGGGCGUGGGCGUUCGUCGGGUUGACCACGGCGGUGGUGACGAAGACGCUGAGCUUUCAAGCGGCGUUCGGAGCGAUGACGAAUGAUGUGAUUUGGCUCAUCGUGCUCGCGUUCUUCUUCGCGCGCGGUUUCGUGCGCACGGGGUUGGGCGACCGCGUGGCGACGAUGUUCGUGCGCGCGCUCGGCAAGUCUACGCUCGGUCUGUCUUACGGUCUGACCAUCUCUGAGGCUUUGCUCGCGCCCGCGAUGCCGUCCACGACGGCGCGCGCGGGUGGGGUGUACUUGCCCAUCAUCACGUCCCUCGCCAAGCAGGCGGGGUCAGAGCCGGGGCCGACGUCGCGCAAGCUCGGGGCGUUUUUGGUGCAAACGCAACUGCAAUCGAGCGGACACUCGAGCGCGAUGUGCAUGACCGCGGCGGCUCAAAACUUGUUGAGUCUCAAGCUCGCGGCUUCUCUCGGCAUCAUCGUCGCUUCGCCGUGGAUCACGUGGUUCAAGGCGGCGUGCGUCCCGGCGAUCAUCGGUUUGCUCGUCACCCCGCUCUUGGUGUACAAGUUGUACCCACCGGAGGUGCAAAGCACGCCCGACGCUCCCGCGGAGGCGGCGGCAAAGCUGAAAGAACUCGGUCCUUUGUCUCAAGAUGAGCUCAUGGUCGUCGCUACGAUGAGCAUCACGGUGUUCAUGUGGAUUUUCCAACCCUUUGGCAUCGCGCCCGUCGUCGCCGCCAUGUUCGGGAUGUCCCUUCAACUCAUCUCCGGCGUCAUUUCCUGGGCCGAGUGCUUGAACGAAAAGGGCGCUUGGGAUACGUUGUUGUGGUUCGCCGUCUUGAUCGGUAUGUCUGGUCAGCUCAACGCCCUGGGUUUCAUCGAUUAUCUCUCCACCACCGUCGCCGGCGCAUUGACGGCGGCCAACUUGGCGUGGCCGCAAGUCAUGCUUUUGCUCCACGGUUGCUACUUUUCCAUUCACUACUUGUUCGCGUCUCAAACCGCGCAAGUCGCCGCGCUUUCCACGGCGUUCAUGGCGAUGAUGAUGGCUGCCGGCGCGCCGCCCAUAUUGGUCGGCCUCACCAUGGCUUUCCACACCAACCUCUUCGGCGGCAUCACGCACUACGCCUCGGGGCAAUCCGCGUGCUACUUCGGCGCCGGCUUCGUCGAGCUUAAGGAUUACUUCCGCAUCGGCGCCAUCUGUGGCGUCGCCAACGUUCUCAUCUGGCUCGUCUUCGGCGGUCUUUGGUGGAAGGUGAUCGGUCUUUAUUAGUGGGGCGUGAAUUUUUCUGUUCUC